GCGAAGUAGAGUGCAGAUCGGUGUGGUGGGCGGCUCUGACUACUGUAAGAUCGCUGAGCAGCUGGGUGACGGGGAUGAAGCCAGCCUUGAGAACCAAGUGCGAUGGCAGCUGUAGAACAGAAGGAAGCCCUUCUGCAGAGGGGCAGGGAAGCACAGAGUGGAAAUGACGCCCUCUGCCAGAGUACUGCAUGACUUCCAGAGGAGGAAGCUGGAUCUUGGAGGAUGAGUGGCAGGGAAGCCAGGGAAGGGCGGUUCUGACAGAAGGACCUGCACGGAUGCCUGUGUGCAGAGGCCCACAGGUGUGACUGGCUUCUUUGGAAGAAAACCAAGCUGCAGAGGGAGAAAGGCUGGAGAAGCAGGUUGCAGCCUCGGAUUGAACAAAUGGCCUUUGAACGUGAAACCAAGGGUGUGGGCUUCCUCUCUCUUUACUUGCCUGUGGGGUCACAGACGUGGUCUCACACUCUUUCUUCCUCCUGUCCUCUAUGUGACCCCGAAGUCAUUGAGAAAUUUGAUUAUGUGUUUGCCGAGAACGGGACAGUGCAGUAUAAGCACGGACGACUGCUCUCCAAGCAGACCAUCCAGAACCACCUGGGGGAGGAGCUGCUGCAGGACUUGAUCAACUACUGCCUCAGCUACAUGGCCCUGCUCAGGCUGCCCAAGAAGCGUGGAACCUUCAUCGAGUUCCGGAAUGGCAUGCUGAACAUCUCGCCCAUAGGCCGGAGCUGCACCCUGGAGGAGAGGAUCGAGUUCUCCGAACUGGACAAGAAAGAGAAGAUCCGGGAGAAGUUUGUGGAAGCCCUGAAAACAGAGUUUGCUGGCAAAGGGCUGAGGUUCUCCCGAGGAGGCAUGAUCAGCUUUGACGUCUUCCCCGAGGGCUGGGACAAGCGCUACUGCCUGGAUAGCCUGGACCAGGACAGCUUCGACACCAUCCACUUCUUUGGGAACGAGACCAGCCCUGUGAGUGUGGCCCACCCCAGGUUUCCCCCAACGCAGUGGACAGCGAGAAGCCAGGUCUGGUGGCUUCUCCAAUGCAAAUCACCCGAGGUCAAGGCCAGAACAUGGGGCAACACAACAGACCUCUUGGGGAGCUCCUGGAGAACAACCAUUGCUCACCAGCCCCAUUUCACAGAUCGGAAAGCUGGGGCCCCAAGAGGGCUGGGCACUUGUUCUACAUCACACAGCAAGUCAGGGCAGGUCUGACAAGGGGUGAGAAGGUGGGCUUCCUGGCAGUUCUGAAGGGGCAGGAGGAGGGGCAGGUCCGUAGCAGCCAAUGUGGAGAGGGACUCUGCCUAAAUAUGCCUCCUCUGCCCGUCCUCUGUGUGCAGGGUGGGAACGACUUUGAGAUCUUUGCCGACCCCCGGACUGUUGGCCACAGCGUGGUGUCUCCUCAGGACACAGUGCAGCGAUGCCGGGAGAUUUUCUUCCCAGAGACAGCCCAUGAGGCGUGACCGGGGCCCACAUCUGUGCGUAGUGAUUUCUGAAGAGUUUGGCCUAGGCCUAAAGACAGGUCCUGGUGGUGGAUAGAUGCCAGGGCCCCGUCGUCUGGCCCAGGACGCCUGCUGCAAGGCCCACCCAGAUGGUGCCAGAGUCUGUGUGGACAACCAUCCCCAGCCAGUCAGCUCCUAGUGGCACUGGCUCCGUCCUCCCAGGGCCCAGAGUGUUCCCCAUGCUCCACCUGGUGGCCCAAGCCACAGCUGCUGCUUAUAUUUUGGUACAGAACAGGUUUCUUUCUGCGCCAGGAGGAGGCGUGCGCAAGUGUCGGUACGAGAUCUAGCCUGCUCUGCCUGCCUGCCCUGGGCGAUGAGGUACGGUGGGGAAGGUGCCUAUUUUAGAGAACUUUGUCACAGUAUUAAAGUUCCCAGAACAAA